AACAAAGAAGUGGAUGUGACAUCACAUCCGGUUUGAGAGCUCACGCGCGAGACAUGAAAGGCUACUCUUAACAAUUUAUGCGAUGGCAAAGGAAUAAAAAUGUAUUUGUCGAUUUGAGUUGAAACAAAUUCAACUGCAAUAGUGAAGUGACCCAUGAAGAAGACGACAGAAGUUCGCCAUUAAGUCUACUGGUGACAUCAUGUCCCAGACCAACACUUCACUCCUGGACGAGGUGGCGCAAUGGAGCCAGGAAACCUGCCGCCAGGAGCUCAAGGCUGUCUUGCCCAAACUUACCGCUUUACAACACAAGUCUGAGGGCUGGGAUGAUCAUAUACGUGUACUGAAGAUAAUAACAGACAUGUUCCUUCCUCACAUUGCUUUGUCAGACCUAGAAAAUGAAUGCUUCUCCAAAAUUUUACCAAAGGCGGUUACCACGUUUGAAAGUAUGAUGAAAGAACUUUCAAUCCAAGUUGGAGGCUUGUCCAGUCAAAACCCAGAACUGUGUUCAUUACUGAGGAACAUUCUGAAGUCUCUGAUGCAGAUCAUCGAUGCAAUGUCGGCAUGUGUGCGUCACGUCGGCACAUAUGAUGACGUCCUGGACCUUAUGUCUAUCCGCACCUUACCGUCAUGCGUCCUAAAAGUUCUGCGAGACACUUUUCAGCACUGUAAGGAGAGCGAGGUGGUCUACUGUGGCCGUUUCUCCCUGGUGGCUGACCUUCUGCAAAGCCUCUUCAAGGAGGCCUACGCCCUCCACAAGGCCCUGUUGGAGCUCCUGGACCGGUUAUCCCUUGAUAACAAUGCCUCUGAAGAGGAAGUGUCUGACGUCGUCAUCGGUUGUACCAUACUACACAGCCUCCUGGACAUCUGCUCAGUCAUCUCCAACCUGGACAUGGCGCUGCAUGCAAACACGUGGAAGUUCCUCAUCAAACAGAGCGUGAAGUACCAUUCGCUGGUGGAGGAGCAUCUGCACCACGGCGACAUCAGCUCCAGCCUGUGCGACAACCUGCUGGCCUCCUUCCACAACUCCGUCGAUCUGGCCGAGCAGAUAACGCUUGCCCGUCUGCAGGAGGCAACGCAAAGCGCAGAAUACAAACUGUUCCAGAGAACUGCAAAGAUGUGCAGAUUAUUUGCCAACACUUUGGUUCUUUACGCAAAGGAAUUCAAAUCUUUCUUAACAAGGUCUUGUGGAAACUUUCAUAAACUUUACCUCCAGAUUAUCAGUAAAUUCCCCCCGAGCUUGUGUGCUCCUGCGUUGCCUCCGCCUCUUUCUGAGGAGCUGAACGCGGCGGCCCUCGUUCCCAUGGAGGCUCUUCUUUCUCAACUCUUACCUCUCAGGCCUUUUGCCGACGUUGUCUUGCAAGAAGACCUGCGGUUGAAUCAGCAACAUGAGCUUCCUCAGUGUCUUUUGCUGGCUAACGUCUUGGAUCAGUUGGCCUCCCAGCCUGAGGAGGUGCUGGAGCUUUGGCACUCCGGCAGUCAGCAUUCCGAGGAAACGCCACGACUUCCUCUCUACCGGGCGGUCUUCCGUAGUUUCCGAUGUUGCUACGCCGAGCGGAAGCUGCCGGCGCUGUUACCGGGGGUGAUGACGAAAGGGCAGGCCCAAGUUUGGGUGUCUCUGCACAGUCACCUGUGCGUGCACCUUUGCGCCAGCGUGGCUGUUCUUUCGCCAUUACACUUCUCCGUUCUGGAGCGUUGCUUGUUGGAGGCCACGCUGCAGGCUGACACUCAGACUGCUCUGUUGGCCACGGAUGUGUGGUGCUUCACUGCGCGGUACGGAACAGCUGAACUAUGUCUCCAUCAUGUCGUCCUCGUUGCUCAUCUGGUCAAAACUAGCAUGGCUGAGUGCUACCAGAAGUCUCACCUGGGCUUGCUGCUCAGACGCAUGAUUUUCCUCAUGACGCCCAGCCAUCAGAUGGAAUUCUUGACACAUUUCCCUCCAUCCGAGGCUGAAAAUCUCCCAGUGUGGCGUCAUGUCCUCCUCAGAGCUCUUUCAAAUGAUGCCCGUCAACGCGUGGAGGCAGACAUCAUGGCUUUAGCACAAAAAGCUUUGAGCGACUGGCAAAAUGGAGGCCACAAACUGGGCCAAGUGGAGAAACUGAAUGCGGUGCUACAAUGCCUCCUAGUGGUGGUUCAAGGAAAGUCACCUCUUGAGGAACGGUGCUCGACAUCAGCUUUGAGGAUCGUCACACAACUGUGGCAGCGAUUGACACCACAUCAGGUGCAGAGCCAUCCCGUGUUGCACGUCACUCUACGCCUCCUUUUGUCAAUUACGGCACCUUUAGUCACAAACAUAGACCCGCCUGUGAUCAUUCAGGCCCUGUCGUGUGUAGAUGCUGUAGUAUCUCAAAAGUGUGCAGAUGAGUUGCUCCUGGCCGCUCUCGAGUUCCUUUCAUCACUGGGGAAUAUCUUUAUUCCUCCUGACAACCAGAGUAAAAUUGUUCCCAAGUUGAGCAGCUUGUUUGGAGUGCUGUUAGCACAAAGUUCCCCCUGGUUGCUGCAUCAGCACGCUUUGGAGGCUUUUGCUCAUUUUGCGGAGGUCACAAACCACGAAGAGAUCAUUUCCUGGAGUUUAGGUGUGGAAGAAACCAAAAGCAAGGUGGUGGAUUUUCUUCGCAAGAGCGUUAACACAGCGGAAGAAGCAAAGGAAGCACGGCUAGGAAGAAUCGAAGCAGAGAGAACUAUUUUAGAGCAACACAACCAGACGCUGGACACCCCAAAACAGGUUUCCACCGAGCUUUCUGCUCCAUCUGCGACUCAUUUGGAGCCGCAAGCCAAACGGGCUCGGCAGGAGAACGUUGGGGAUGAGGAGUUCUGCCGCAACAUGCAGACAGCUGAAACUGCACUGAGAGCCCUGCAUGCGCUUGCUACAGGUGAAACAGGCACAAAGGAGUCUCCUCCUCCUCCUCCUUCGUGGCUGGCAUCCAGACUUCAAGAGUUGCAGGUGCUUCUAAAUGACAUUAGCUCAGUCACAUCUGCAAAGCAGCCCUCAUGACCUGUUAUUUGUAUAUAGAAAAAGUCAUUUCAUCUGUAUUAAGGCUGCUUAUCUGUUUUUUAUGGAUCAAAUUAUUAAAUUUUUGAGUAGAAUUUU